AACGCCGUCGUAUAGAGAAAAGGCGCGGUCGUAUGAAUAAAAUCACAUCGAAGAAACUAGAACAAACGUACCAAAAAGCGAAGAAGACGGCCUCCGGCGAUCUUCAAUCAUCGGAGAAAAUCACAUAUACGGCGUCAAUUUGUCGACCUUCAGUCACACUCCCACUGAAGACACAGAAGCGUGCAAGAAACACAAUCUGAAAGUUUGUACCCUAGAAUUUAAUUUCAAUUCUUAAACCCCUGUUUGGAGGGGAUUGAUUCUUGAAGCUCAGAAAAACCCUAGAAUCUCAGAGCGGGGCAGAACUCCCGAUUGGAUUGGAUCAAAGAUGCCUCAGGUGAGGAUCAUAGCGAAGAAUUUCAUGGACAUGGUGGCCGCCCUGCCCGCCAUGAAGCUCGACAAGCUAUACGAGAAUGCAUUCAUCUGCGAAGCAAUUCUCAGGUCUCUGCCACCGUUGGCUAAGAAAUAUGUCUUGCAACUGUUGUGCAUUGAAGUUCCGGUGACUGCCAAGUCAAUGGAGGAGUGGGUGCUUCCUGAUGGGGUCUCGAAACAUAGAGUUGCAAUUGAUCGGCUGAUUCAAUUGAGAAUAUUUACUGAAACUGUGGACAGGAAGAGGGAAACAACUUACACACUAAAUCCUAUAUUUCAGACUAAUCUCAAGAAGCUUCUGGUACACGGGGUUCACUCAUGCAGAAGUUUCAGGGCCUCCGUUCAUUAUUUCACCUUUUUAUACUGCAGUGUAGUUUUGCCAAGAGAACCAAUGCCUUCAAAUAUAACAGUGAGGCUCCCAAGCUUGGAGGAUCUUCAGGCUUUUGCCUUAGAACAAUGGGAGUGUUUCUUGCUGCAACUUAUCAACUCAUCUCAAAGUGAGAGGCCAUCGAACAUCAGUUCGUCUAUGAUGAAAACUUUCCAGCGGGGUCUUUUGAGUCAAAGGGAUAGAGAAGCUCCAAGAUUAACUGAAAGUGGUUUCCAGUUCUUGUUGAUGGAUACAAAUGCGCAACUCUGGUACAUCAUCAGAGAGUACAUCUCUAACUCGGAGGAGCGUGGGUUAGAUUCUGCAGAUUUGAUUUCGUUUCUGCUAGAACUUAGUUUUCAUGUUACAGGCGAGGCAUAUAACAUAAAUACAUUGAAUGAGAGGCAGAGGAAUAUAAUCAAGGAUCUUGCAGAUUUGGGACUGAUCAAACUUCAGCAGGGAAGGAAAGACAGUUGGUUUAUACCUACUGAAUUAGCUACUAAUCUGUCAGUUAGCUUGACAGACUCAUCAUCGAGGAAACAGGGAUUUGUUGUUGUGGAAACAAACUUCAGGCUCUAUGCCUACUCAACAUCUAAAUUACAUUGUGAAAUUUUACGUCUUUUCUCAAGGGUAGAAUAUCAACUUCCAAACCUUAUUGUUGGAGCAAUAACAAAAGAAAGUUUGUACAGUGCUUUUGAAAAUGGCAUCACUGGAGAACAGAUAAUAUCUUUUCUUCAGCAGAAUGCACAUCCACGUGUUGCCGAGAGAGUACCAUCCGUACCUGAGAACGUCACAGAUCAGAUUAGGCUGUGGGAAACAGAUCUGAAUAGGGUUGAGAUGACUCCAGCUUAUUAUUACGAUGAAUUUCCAACCAGGGAACUCCUCGAGGGUGCUUCUGACUUUGCGCGAGGCUAUAAUGCUCUGCUGUGGGAGGAUGUAAACUCGAAAAAGAUGCGUUUAGUGGUCAAGGCAGAAAACCACGUGCAAAUGCGAGAAUAUCUUGGACGUCAAAGGCAGUAAGGGGCUGUUAUCAGUUAACAAAUUCCGGCAAACCUCGCUGCUGCGGAAAAUGCUCGGUCUAAGAUCCUUGGAGCUGUUACAUAUAAAAGAUAUGUUCUUGUAGCUGGAAUUGCUUGCAAAGUCGUACCUCUUUUGGAGUUUUAACUUUGCAUGGCAACCGCAGUGGAAAAUUGCGGGAUCAAUGCAAUUUUCUGCGCAUAUCUUGGCUGUAUAUAUGUACACACUACGAGAUGGAAUGUGCAAUUUUGAAAUUGCAAUGUGCAAAAUCGAGCUGGAUUUAGACUGAUCGACAUGAUUUUACGUACCGUCGUUUUCCGUUUUGGAAUUGGAGCUUGUACCAAAGGAUAUUAACGGUUUCUUAAUAAAACUUUGUAGAAUUCUCUUCA